CUGUUUGUAUAGAUGAGAAUAAUAACUUGAUUAAGUUUGUAAUUUAAUAUUUGUAACUAAACUAAUUAAUUUUGAUAAAUUAUUUUUAGUAGUGGUAAGUGUGAAUUGGGACCCAAUUGAGUGAGAACAAAAUCUGUAACAAAAGUACUUUAGCUUCCGUUUUUUGUUUUGAAGCCAGUAACGGCAUUUUGGCUUAUGAUUGUAUUUUGUUUUUUUUAUUCAUUACAAAUGAAUCAUCCUUUUUUAUCUCUACUUUUUAUUUCUUUUUUCCCUUUUUGCCACCCUUCUCUAUAUUCUUUUCAUAUUCAAUAUUCAUCAUAUCCAAUCCCUUUAUUUCUCAAUUUUACAGUUUGCCCCCUACAAGAAUUUUUUUUUAUAUAUAGGCGUAACUUAGAAUACAGUACCAGACCACCUGAAAAGAAAAAAAAAAUGAAUAUAGAUGGUGAGAAUAAUCAUGGGUUGCCAUGGGAAACUAAUGAUUUCUGGUCAUACUUGAAUGACAAUCAGGUUGGGAGUGAAGAGACGUUUGAUGGUGACAAGGUGCCCGGUCCGACUAAGUCUGAUAUUUGUCAGCAACUAACAAUUGUUAAUGAGGUGGUUGAAGUAACACCAGCUGUAGGUAAGAAGAGAAGUCCACCAAAUCGAAAAAGCAACGGUAAGGGAAUUGCUGAACCCAAUCUUGAUGUUGGUGGAGCUGAAGGCAAAAGAGAAUCUGAACAUGAGAUACACAUAUGGACAGAGAGAGAAAGGAGAAAGAAGAUGCGAACCUUGUUUGAAACUCUUCAUGCGUUGGUUCCUAAUCUCCCUGCUAAGGCUGAUAAGUCUACAAUAGUUUAUGAAGCAGUAAACCAUAUAGUAAAACUGCAGAAUACUUUCAAAAAACUUAAAAGUCAAAAGCUAGAAAAGCUAGAAGAAUACAACAUAGGAUUGGCGGGUUCACAAAAAGUUUAUAAUAGUUGGGAGAAGUAUGUGGUUGAUCAAGGAUCAACAUGUAAUUCUACAGCUAUUACACCAACAAAUCAUGGUGCUAGUCCCCUCAUUCCAACAGGUUUUAUGACAUGGAGUUCACCAAAUGUGAUACUAAAUGUAUGUGGUGAAGAUGCACAUAUUAGUGUGUGUUGUCCUAAGAAGUCAGGGCUAUUUACCAUCAUUUGUUAUGUUUUGGAGAAACAUAAGAUUGACAUUGUGUCUGCUCAAAUUUCAUGUGAUCAAUUCAGAAGCAUGUUCAUGAUCCAAGCUCAUGCAAAAAGUGGAAGAGACGUAGCUCAAUUCUCGGAAGCAUUCACAGUGGAAGAAAGGUUGAAACAAGCUGCAACUGAGAUAAUGGCACUGGCAACCUCCAAAUGAUCAGUUUAGUUUCAAACUAAAGUUCAUUCGAUAGUAGAGGAUGGACGGUUGUCUAUAAAGACCAUCAUAUUUCAUCCGGUAGAGGAUGAAUGGAUGUGGUUGUAAUGACUAUUUUAUUUACUUUUACAUUUCUUUGUCUGUCGCUGUUUAGGCAUCUCUAUUUACUUUUAUCAUCGGAAAAAGAUGAACAAUUGUGACCGUAAAGGCUAAUUUAUUUUGUUUUGUAUUUUAUGAUAAACGUUUGUCUCUGUAUUGGAGGAAUCUAAACUAUGGAAAGUUUCUUCCAACGA